AUGGACAGAAUCAAUGGAUUGUCUGAUGACGUGCUGGUGAAGAUAUUAACUUUUCUUCCAACAAAAGUUGCUAUAUCCACUUGUGUUUUGUCUAAGCGAUGGAAGUUUCUUUGGAUGUGGUUGCAAACACUAGAGUAUAUGUGUAGAGAGCCUGAAUCUAAGGAGUUCAUUGACAAGAAUCUGCCUUUACAUAGAGCUCUCGUCAUUGAAAGAGUUUAUAUCGACGUAUCUUCGGACUCAAAUAUUGAACCUAAAGAUUACCAACGUUGGAUUAGAAUCUUAGUUUCUCGCCAUAUACGUGUACUGAUAAUUUAUCAUUAUCUCAUUCAUGGACGAAACAUAUUACCGAGUAGCUUGUAUACUUGCAAUUCGCUCGUCAGCUUGAUACUCAAAGGACCAAUUCUCUUGAAUGUUCCUCGUAGGGUUUGUCUUCCUUCUCUCAAAACUUUGGGACUUGAAGGAGGGACAGACGUCACUAAUCGUUUUCUGAAACGGCUUCUAUCUAAUUGCCCUGUUCUUGAAAAUCUUGUAGUGGAUAGAUUUGGUUGUGACGGUAUGAGAAAGUUGACUGUUAUCGUCCCGUCUUUGCAGAGAUUAACACUCUUUUUAACUAAUGAUUUAGACGAGUUUGUGUUAAAUACUCCUGCCUUGAAGCAAUUGAGAUUUAGGUUUCAUUUUUCCAAUUGUCACUUCAGUAUGAUUGAGAAGAUGCCUGAGUUGAGGAAGGCAUUAGUAGAGAUUAAACGCUUUUCUAAUAUCGAUAGUCUUAUCGCAUCAAUCUCAUCUGCCGAGCAUCUUUUCAUAUGCCCACCACUUGAGGCUGUGUAUAGUGAUGGUUUCGUCUUCAACAAACUUAAACAUCUCAAGAUAUGUGAAUGCAAAGCCUAUUCGUCGAGUUUCCUUGUCCGGUUGCUCAAAGGUUCUCCUAAGUUACAAGUACUAGAAUCCUCCAGAAUGCUUGGUCAUGGACCUGAUUUUAAAGAUGACAAGAAUGACUGGAAUCCACCAACUACUGUUCCUCAAUGUAUAUUGUCGAGCCUAGAAAUCGUCAAGUGGUUCAGAUAUUUAGGAAGAUCUCAAGAGAGAGAUCUUGUGACUUAUAUCUUGAAAAACGGUCGUCGCUUAAAGGCUGUAACAAUCAACUCUAAACCAUAUUAUAUGGAAACCCAUGACAUGUUCAAGGAGUUGGCUCUUUGUGCUCGAGCUUCAACCACAUGUAAACUUGUUUUUACUUGA